UUGCACACACACGAAUACAAAGAGCCAUACGACCUUCGGGUAUCCUUUUUCCAUUUUUACCCCCCUCCUUAAUCUUGUGUGUGUUUUCAAAUUUUUUAAAAGUAGAGAUCUGUAGCAGUAUUGGGGUGAGGAAACUGUUGCUAAGGGGAAUUUUCUCUUUUCCCCAUUUCUUUUCCUGUCUUUCUUCCUCUUUCUUUUUCCUGAUCAAGGUUUUAAAUAUACCAAGAAGUUGAGAAGCGGGAUGGCCGUGUACAACUGUUUCCAGCCAAAUUUAUAGUUUUUUUUUUUUUCCUUUUUCGUUUUUCCUAUCACAUUUUAAGAACUGGUACAUUUUUGUGGUUUGAGGGGUUUAAAAUUUUAGCCGCUUGGGAAGUACAGAUUUCUUUUUUUAAAAAAAGGGCUGAAGGGGUAAUGUAAAUUCCUGCCAUGGGCAACAUCACAGGAAACAGAUUAGAGGCUCCUUCAAAAGCCCUUUGGCGUGCAUUUUACACACCCUUCCCCAGAACCCAAACCAAGUGGCUUAUAGAUUUAAAAUAUUGGGAUAAUUGGGACACUUUUUCCCCAGGGAAGAGGACAGUGUGUCUUGCACACACAUUUUCAUGACAUUUCUGUGUGUGUGUGUGUGUGUGUGUGUGUGUGUAUGUGUACUAUUUCUUAGAGCAAAUGUUUUCAUAAAAUAUUUAUCUUGGGGUUUAUUUUUUGUGUAUUAUAUGUACAAUAUGUGUAUAUGUGGCAUAUCAGAUUUUAUUUUUAAAAGUGAUUGCCGUUGGUUUUAUGUGUGCAAAAUAGACCUUAGAAUGUGAAGUUUUUCUGUUAUGCUCCCAAAUGUGGUCGAAACAGAAUUUCAUGUGCAAAGUAAAGCUAAAAGGAAAUCCUAAAUUUAAGCUUACCUUCAUUCUAAUUGCAUUUACAGUGUUUUUCUCCUCUUUUAAAGGAUCAGAUUAGUGAAUAAUUAAAUAAUUGUCAUAGAGUGUAUAUGUUGCAAAUGAGGAUAGGCAAUUUAUUGAAUCUAUGGUUCCAAGCCACCCUCAGUGAUUGUUUUGCCUAAGUGGUUUUGCUUUUUAUUGUCUUACGUUUUUAAAUGUACAGCUGUGUAUAUUUUGGCCUUUAUGUGUGGUUUGGUUGAUGUGGUCCGAAGGGAAGUUCUCUUGGCUUUUUGACAAAAUGGUCGUUUAUUGGUUGGGAUUUGUUUAAAAAGCUCCACAGCUGGUAAAGUAUCAGGAAAAAUUCUGUCAAGUCCAUUCUUAAAAACUGUGCACAGUGGUGUUUAUGCCUCCAAGCAGAGGCAAAGGCAAAUAACAGGGAUAAAAAAUGCAUUUUGUUGUCAUGUUGCAUUUUUGGAAUGAAGAAUCCUCCCUUGGUCUAAGUCUGGGUGGAAAGUGAAUUAGAGGACAACAGGCUCAAAGCAGAGCCUCCUGCUGUAGAAAGAAGGCCCACUGUCACUUCCUGCGUUUAGAGGACCAGUGUCAUACAGAUAAUAUCCGUAUUCAGAUCUGUAUUUGCAGAUUGGAAUGAAAGCACAGAAGUAUAUGGGGUGAUAAGGGAGAAACUGGAGUGUUGCAAGUGUUGUAGCAACUAAUUGAUUAAGAAAGGAUCUACUAUAGGAUUUAAACGUAAUUACAAAACCUCUGUAUGAUAAUCAUAUAUUCCCACCCCUCAGCUGUGACCUACUCCAUUUCAUGUAUUUAAGACACCUAAGUAACAACUGCAAUAAAAUCGUGAACAAGGUAUUGAAUUCAUUAUAAGGAAAAUGAACCUGUGUGGGCUCUCUGGGUUUCUAACUUGUACUAAAUAUACUUUUACCUCCUAACAACUGGAGUCAGAUCAGCGCUUAAUAAAUACUGGCUCAAAAGUGGAUCAUUUCACAAGUUUAGGCCUGUAUUGCUUUCUAAACCUACUCAGUCUAUUGACUUUUGUUACCUCAGCAGUGAGGGGCAUUUUUAUGGCGUUUUGCUUUAAUUCUCUGCUUUUAGUACAGGUUACCACGUACACUUAGUUAUUCAGGAACAGUACACAGCUCCACUUUCUAGGCUACUCAAUUUACACAUCUUGGGACCAGGGCUCAUAUUCGACGUCCUCGCUUUCAAUUUCUUUGUAAGAAAGCAAAUCCCUCUUGCAUUGGCUUGGCUUUCUUAGCAAAGAAAAGCAAGUCUAGGUUGGCGAUUUAGCUCAGUGGCAUAAAGUGCCUUCCUGGCAAGCACAAGGUCUUGAGUUCGAUUCCCAGUACAAAAAAAAGAGAGAGAAAGAGAAAAAAGAAAAGCAAAUCUGAGCCCAGUAAUUUUUUUUUUUUUUUUUCCUUCUGGGAAUCCGAGGGUCCCUUAGAGAUGAAAACUGUGAACUAAGUGGAACUGCUUUUGCAAGUUACCUGAAACCAAGGGCUGCAGGAACUAAAAAUCAGCCACCACCAGACUGUAUGAAACCAAUCUGAGGUCACUGAAUUUAUAGUCGUGUACACGUAGCUUUGUGAACAACAGAAGCAAGUAAACAAAAAAAAAACCCCAAAGAUGGCGUCUAACGGCCUUGAAAAAGCGCCUCAAUCGUGUCCCUCCCUGAGGCGGCCUCUCCCCUCUCUAUCUCGUUGAGUGACUGAUCAUAUUCUCCAAUAGCAACCUUGCUCCUGCACGCCCCCAUCGCUCAAGCGCCAAUCAUCGAGAGCCAGAAGGCAAGUGGGGCGGUGCUUCCUCGCGUGCGCGCCCUGGCUGAGUACACGAGCCGGCGCAGUUGACUUUGCCGCCGCCAGACCCUUGUAGGGUGAGCGGGAGCUGUGGAGCAGAGCACACGUGGUAGAGCACCCGUAGGGCUAACUGGAGUGGGAUUCUGCGUGGGUUUCCGCGGCGAUCAUCUGCCCCCGCCUCGCCCUCGCCCUCGGCUGUCGCGGCUACAUAAUGUACCCACACUGACCCAGCAAGAUCCCCGACCGCGCUUCGGCCAUUGGGCCUUCUGCUGCCGGCGCGGAUCGUCCCUUUCCCCGGGGUCCCGGGCGCGCCACGGGGUUCCUGGUCCCUGUUCCUGGCGGCUGCGCUUGGCGUCGCUGGCUCUCUGCUUGUAGCCGAGUCACACCGUCUGUCGGGAAUGAUUGUGCUGUCCCUGGUGCCCACCUUGUCGUCUUUGACUAAUUAUUAACAUUUUCCGAGGACUUGAUGGGCGCAUGACAGAGUUCUGGGCGGUAACUUGCCCUUUCUCAGUUUCUCCAGAAAUACAGUGCCAGUGGGGCCUUUUGAGUGCCCUUGAUUCCUUAGGAUGCAGCAGUGUGGAGCUCCGCGUGUGGGUGCAGGAAGAGUGCCUUCUACCCUUUGAAGCUACCCUCCUCAGAAGUCCCCUUGCAGUAGGGGGCGAGCGGACACCCAGGGUGUGGUGCUGGAGGCGUGCAGGGUCUGCUGGUAGAAGGUGGCAUCUCUCACGUCCGCAGGGUGAGGCGAGGUAGCCAUGGACAGUGCACCCCUGCAGCCUACUCUUCCUUCCCGGAACCCCCGGCCCAGAGCCCAGCUCCUCUAACCUUGCUCGAUGGAAAAGCAAAGUGACUCCCAAGAGGCCAGUGCUUUAGUCUCCUGAAAUCUGAUCUGAGGACCUUUUGGAGCUGUCCAGGAAGUGAGCAAGGUGGCCAUUGAGCUCAUCAGCCAUGUCCUUCAGCGCCACCAUCCUCUUCUCCCCUCCCAGCGGCAGUGAGGCCAGAUGCUGCUGCUGUGCUUGUAAGAGCGAAACUAGUGGGGGUAGUACGGGCUCUCAGGGCAGGAAUCCUCCUCCCAGCACCCCCAUCACUGUGACUGGACACGGCCUGGCUGUUCAGAGCUCUGAGCAGCUCCUGCAUGUUAUCUACCAGCGUGUGGAUAAGGCAGUGGGCCUGGCUGAGGCCGCUCUGGGUCUGGCCCGAGCCAACAAUGAGCUGUUGAAGCGUCUCCAGGAGGAAGUAGGUGAACUGAGGCAAGGGAAGGUGUGCACUCCUGAUGAAGAUGGGGAGAGUCGGGCCCAUACUCCCCCACCCGAGGAGCCCGGGCCCCUCAAGGAAAGUCCUGGCGACGCCUGCAAGGCUCUGUCUGCCGUGGAGGAGGAGUGUGACAGCGUGGGCAGCAGCGUGCAGGUGGUGAUUGAGGAGCUGCUGGGGGCAGCCUCAGCGGUUGGGCCCGGGCCUCUGGGCUUCCCUGCUCCUCAGAGAGACCUGCGGCUCCCCGGGUGCCCUCUGGCCGCUGGCGAGGGCCCCCCACUGCUGCAUCCCCUGGUGGAUGAUUAUGUGGCCUCUGAGGGUGCAGUGCAGCGAGUGCUAGUCCCUGCUUAUGCCAAACAGCUUUCACCAGCCACACAACUGGCUCUCCAGCGGGCGUCCUCAGACGCAGGGCCAGAAAAUGGAGCCAAGCUCCCACCACCGCGCCCUGAGGACACGCUCAGUGCUGCUGCUGCUUUGGAUGGUGCCUUGGAAGAGUCUGGCCCUGGGAGCACCGGAGACCUGAGACACUCUCUCGGGCUCACUGCUUCCCCCUGCAGGACCCGAGUGAGCGGGCAGAAGAACUCCAGGCGCAAGAGGGAUCUGGUUCUCUCUAAAUUGGUCCACAAUGUGCAUAACCACAUCACCAAUGAGAAGAGAUUCAAUGGGUCUGAAAGCAUCAAGUCCUCUUGGAAUAUUUCAGUUGUAAAGUUCCUUCUGGAAAAGCUCAAGCAGGAGCUGGUGACCAGUCCCCACAAUUACACUGACAAGGAACUGAAAGGAGCCUGCGUGGCUUACUUCCUUACCAAGAGGCGUGAGUACCGAAACUCUCUAAAUCCCUUUAAAGGUCUGAAAGAAAAAGAAGAAAAGAAACUUCGAAGUCGUCGAUACCGGCUUUUUGCCAACCGAUCCAGUAUCAUGAGGCAUUUCGGACCUGAGGACCAACGCUUGUGGAAAGACGUGACUGAAGAGCUGAUGUCGGAUGAAGAGGAUAGUCUGAAUGAGCCAGGGGUCUGGGUGGCCCGUCCUCCCCGUUUUCGGGCCCAGCGCCUCACAGAGCUCUGCUACCACCUGGAUGCUAACUCGAAACAUGGCACCAAAGCCAACCGUGUGUACGGGCCUCCCUCAGACAGACUGCCUUCUGCUGAAGUCCAGCUUCUGCCACCAGAGCUUUACAAUCCUAAUUUCCAAGAAGAAGAAGAAGGAGGCAAUGAGAAUGGACCUGUCUCCCCAUCUUUUGACCAGUCCCACAAAACCUGCUGUCCUGACUUGAACUCAUUCAUUGAAAUCAAGGUGGAAAAGGAUGAGUGAAAUCUAUAACCAAGAAUAAACUCUGGUUUCCACCACUUCUGUGUCCCAGAAAUGGAUGGCCACAAGGCUUCUCAAAAUAAUAAGAUGCCCUCUGCAGUCUGACAAAGCAGAUUUGCCUCUGUUCUUAAUAUAGGCUUUGAUGGAAUAAGAGAACUUCUCUGAAAGUGGGGAAACGCACAGCCAGAAAAUGCCUAUUCAUGAGCAUACAGGGCCUUGGGUGGAGGAGCCCGGGAUGAGGAAGGGAAAAUGGGCUGUCUAAGACGCAUGAGGCCUUCCUGACACAAGUCCAGGUCACUGAGUUGGUCCCCUGUGCCCCCAUCCCUCACACAAAGCUCAUGGGGAAGCAGCCUUGGCUGAAGCUCUUGUUUCCCCCAGACUUGCUGGCCUUUUCUGCCUGCAGUGGAAAGACAGGCAGCCCAGCAUCAUACUGCCCCCUGGUGGGCAGUUUCAUCCCUGGACGUGAUUCUGAGCUGUAGAUACAAUAGCUGUUGUUUAUUGAGUCAUACAAGGAAGAUUUUAUCAUUCCCAUCUUACAGAUGAGGAAAUUAAAGAAUAAUGAAUUCCCAUGUU